UCUGACGUGGAGUGCUCGGGAUUAAAUGGUAGGCUACAACGAACUGCGAUGGAAAGUCGAGGCACUUUGCGGACUUGAGAAAAUCGAACAACAAAUCAUCCAGACAGCCAGAUUUUACAUGAAUAAUAAUCUUUUUCAUAUGAUCGAGCAUUGUUAUUAACCAGUUUUAUGCCUCAAAGCGCCCGUCAAUUAUGCAAGACCACUUGAAUAAAAACAGAAAUCCCCUAUCAUGCCCCGUCAUUUCUUUCUUUUUAUACAAGGUGCACCCUUGAAAAAUGCUAUGUGACAGAUACGUGCACAACAGAAACGUACAAGAAUUUCAAAUUUGUUGGAUUCAGGUUGCUAAGCACUAUAAUGCGGUGUCUGUGAAAUCAGAAUUCAGUGCAAAGAGCUAGGUUUGAUCUCGGGUACUUAAACUAGCACCCCAGAACCACAAGAUGUGCCAGAACUUCCUCGAGUACCAGACAUACACGUUCUCCGUCAUGUCUUGUUUAGCUGUGCUUUUCCUAGCUCUUAUGAUUUGGUUCAAUGCACUAAAUACGUUAGCAUUGACGUUGAAUCCGCUCAUUGGUAAACAUCUCCGAACCAUCUGGCCGCGCUGGAGUGGUAAUCCAAAAGGAUUGUCAGGCCCACUUAAAGGAGGCGUGGUGCUCGAAUACCUGGCAGCUCGUUUUAAUUUCACGUACGAGAUGGUCAGAGUAGCAGAAAACCGUUUGGAGCCCCCAGAAAAGGGGAAAGGACUUUUCAGCUACUUGUGGGAUGAACAAUGUGAUUUGCUACUGCAAGAUGUACAGCCAACAUUUCGGCGUCUGCAGGUUGUCGACAUGACGCUGCCUUGGAAUUAUGACUACUUUUCUUUUCUUAUUCCUGUUCACGACGAGGCCGCUAAUAUAGACGCAGUUAUCAAACCUUUUCAAUGGCCGGUAUGGAUUGGCCUUGGAAUUUCCACGGUUAUUGUCAUCGUCAUUCUGUUUUUGAUUCAACGUCAUCUGGAUGACCGAGACGGUUUGGAACGGGAUUCGACAUCAAACAACGGAAAAAAUGCUGAUUCUACUAGAGGACACGGACAGCCAGGAAGCCAGUACCUCUACGUACUGGGCAAUUUGCUGUCACAAAGCGGUCCUUGCACUUCGAGACGUUUAUCAUUUCGCCUCGUAGCCGGCGUAUGGACCUUGGCGGCUUUUAUUUUCGUCCAAGGCUACAACUCGACGCUCUUCACUUACGUUGUGGCUCCAGUGAAUCAACCGCUAAUCAACUCCGUUUACGACAUUGCUGAAAGUUCUGACAUCGUUCUACUUGUCAAAAAAGCGGGGACAAUCGACACUUUGAUUUCGAAUUCGAACGCUACAGGUCUAUAUUCAAAACUGCGUGAUAGGGUCAACUCGUUCCCCCAUUCCCGAUGUACGCUGGUAGCAGACUGUAUCCGACUGGUUAACCCCGGAUCAAGAAAAGUUUUCAUUGACGCGAAUAUCUAUCACCUAGACGCAAUCAUAGAAGAUUUUCAGAGUACAAAGAAAUGUAAUUUGCAAUUGGCUAGGGAUGGUUUCAUCAGCAUCAUUACGACCUUUGCCCUUCCCAAAGGCAGUCCCUUCACCAAAACUAUUAGCCAAGGCCUAUUGGAGCUCCAUCAAACUUGGACUGGGAUAUAUGGUCAUUGGAGCUUAAUCAAACUAUACUGGGAUAUAUGGUUCCGGCCAAUGCCUGGUCAAUGCAUCGAAAACAUUAAAAGCGGAUACUCGAUGCCCAAGAACAAACAUCCACCUCUAUCGCUCAAAAACUUGACUGGUGCUUUCCUCGUCCUUUUAAUUGGAUUGUGCCUAUCCUUUUUAGCUUUUCUUGGCGAAAAAGUAGCUAUUUUUUAUAACUGAACGCCGUCACCACCGCAGAUGAAGAUUACAAAAAAUAACAGCUCACGUCACUGAACCAAACAGCCGCUGUCGGUCCCAGAUGACUGUUGCUAUAGUCCGCAUAGGCCUAUCCGCUAACAACCGAUAUUAACAUUAGAGAAGUUUCAGUUUUCCACGCUGUCACCUCAAAAACAAAACAGACGUCGGGGUCUUUACAUACCCUUGAAUCAUUUGUCAGGUGUUUAAAUUUAAUUUGGAUCAAACGUCGGGGUCUUAAAAUGCCCUUGGAUCAUUUGUCAGGUGUUUAAAUUUAUUUUGGAUCAAACGUCUAUCCAUGUUAUUUGAUUUGGAUCAAACGUCGGGGUCUUUAAAUGCCUUUGGAUCAUUUGUCAGGUGUUUAAAUUUAUUUUGGUUCAAACGUCGAUAUCUGUAAAUGAAUUUGGAUCAAGUGUAGUGAAUUAU